AUCUCAUAAAGAAAACAAGUCAUAUCAAGACCCACUCAAAAACUAUUUUAUAAUUUUAACGGGUCCCGGUCGAAGCCCCGAGAAAUGAGGGUUGAACGGCGAUUGAAGAAGCGUCGCAGCCAAGGAGUUACAUUGCCGACGCCGAGUUCACCGAGUUUAAUAAAAUAUUGCAUCAACCCCAGGAAAAUCGAUGACGCAUUUUUGGAACGCCGGCAGUACCAAAAGAAGUCGGCACUUUUUUCCCACCGUCCGUACGCCGGUUUGGGUUGGCCACGGCCAGGAUACAGUGAAAGAAGAAGUCCUGUAAAUGAAGCCAGUUCCUCAUCGGCCGUGCUAAAACCUAUCUUGACUUUGACUGAGGACUCGGAACCAUGCAUACGCAAAAUGGUUACUACGGACGAUGUCCGUGUAUUUGCGUUUAACGUGGAGCAACUGGAGGGUGCACCGGUUUUACACAAGAAACGACAAAUAAAAGGGGCCGGAAUAUGGUAUUUUGUGACGGCUAAUCUUGAAGUAGACUUUAUUGAAUACGAUGUGUCGUUUCAUUGUCAUCACCCAGACAGAAACUCUGGUAGAGUUACGUUCAGGACAUUACAAGUACAAUUGAAGGAAGAAAAUCCCGAGAUUAAAAACGUGAUAAAUUCACUGCAUUCGCCAAUCGAUAUAGCACAGACCCUGCUCCUGUACACAGCUUCCUGCCGUCAAAGAGAAGAUAUAAUAAUGAAACUGCAGGAACGGUUUUCUGCGCUAGAUGUAUAUAAAAGGGCUGAAGGGGGUUUUCUCUUAACUUGCGCAGAAGACACCAUGAGAAUUGUCUGGACUGUGAAUUACUGCAAGUAUCCUCGCCCCAGGUUUAUGAACGUCUUCAGCCUCAAGACUAAUCUGAUAAACAAGCCGCUACUGACUGACAUCGCUACCGACACCAUGAGGGAAAUUAGUAAUAAUUGGCACCCCCAAGAGAUCACUUAUAUUUUAGGAAAAGUCCUAUAUACAUGUCUCGAGGCGGUUAAUGAAAGUAACCCAGAGAGCCGGUCCCCGUUCGAAGAUACAAGACCUGCGUAUCUGGCUUGGCUCCUAGAGGAGCCUAUUAUUAAGCCCAUAACAUCCUGCCGAUAUCUGAAACACGAUCUCAGAAGUAACAGAAGAAUAAGAAAGCCAUGUCAUAUUUGUUCGUAAACUUAUCGGUUCUAUAAAUAGCUCUAUCUCUAAACUACAAUUUUACUUUACUUUACCUACUGGUUUUAUAUUUCUAUUG